CUAGUUAGAGUUGAUUUUUCAACUUGUUAGACUCAAUUACCCAUUCUAUUAUCACUAUUUUUCGUUCAUAAAGUGUAUUUUUUUCAAAUAACAUAUAAUAGUGGGUCGACCCGCCUCACUUUGUAUCCGCUUGGGUUUUACCCGCCCUGACCCACAAUAGCAUAGAACGAGGUAUGAGUAUUGAGGUACCCGCCCCGCCCCAUUACCAUCAGCCCAUUACUAAUGACCCACGGCUGUCGGGGAGGAGAUAAAGCCCACCAACCCACCAGAAGCACAAGUGAGCCCAGCCCACAGAGGAUACGGUUACGUUCUCGCCGGGGCUGCUCCAGCGUCUCAUCUCCGAACGACGGUGACAGUCAGCUGCCGUCUCCGCUCCUAUUCAAUUCUCGCCUUGCUACCACGACUUGUAUGCUCUGUUACUUCACAAUCGCCUCCACGACGAACCAUUCUCACUCUUCUUGAUUCUUCUCCUUCGGAAAGUAUGGCGGUCAUCCACGCUCACCCUCACCGCCUGCUUACGUUCCCAACAAGUUCGCCGCUUCAUCGCCGUUGCUUCGCAUCUCAUCCCUCCUCCUAUCUUAAUUAUGGAUUAUUUGGAAGAGCUAGCAGGCCAAGGGAAAGGGUCUCCCGUCUCAGGUCUAACUUCUGGGAAUCCAUUAGAACUGGUUUGAUAAAAGACAACAACUCUGCACAAGUUAUUGAACCUCCAUCCACCACCGACCCUGAGGAAGAGCCAUUGCCUGAAGAGUUCAUACUCAUGGAAAGGAGUGAACCCGAUGGAGUCAUCGAGCAAAUUGUUUUCUCUUCUGGGGGUGAUAUUGAUGUUUAUGAUCUAGAAGCGUUGUGUGACAAGGUAGGAUGGCCUAGAAGGCCAUUGACAAAGUUAGCUGCAGCCUUGGAAAACAGCUACAUGGUAGUCACCUUGCAUUCUGUACGAAUAUCACCUGGAUCAGAAGGGAAUGACCAGAAGAGACUGAUUGGCAUGGCUCGUGCCACAUCUGAUCAUGCCUUCAAUGCUACCAUUUGGGAUGUCAUCGUGGAUCCUAGCUACCAGGGUCAAGGCCUUGGCAAGGCCCUUAUUGAAAAGCUGAUUAGAGCUCUUCUUCAGAGAGACAUUGGCAACAUAACUCUUUUUGCUGAUAGUAAAGUUGUGGAGUUCUAUCAGAAUUUAGGUUUUGAAGCUGACCCAGAGGGCAUCAAGGAAAUGGCUUGUUCGAAGAGGCGAAGAAAGUGGCACCAGCUCAAAGAUGGAUAGCAGCCAAUAGUAACCGUGGAAUCCGAGUCUUUGGACUUCCUGCUGUAAGCAAUCUUGUGUAUCUCUUGAAGUGAUUGUAAUAUAGGCGUAGAGUAGUUCUCCAUUUGAUUUGCCUCGCACUGCAUAAGAUGUAAUGAAUUAAUUAUCUGUCUGUGCAUGUACUCAGGGUUGAGCUUUGAACAUGUCUCACUUGCAAGUUGCAAGUAUUCAAUCAAAUGCUAUGCUUACUAUUGUUUUGGCCUUGGGACCUUAAUAUAAUUACCACUUGCUCAUGUGAUGACAUGGUGAUUGCAUCGUGUAGAAGACCCUUUUUUAGUCUUUAUACUGCAUUGGUUGUUGAAGUAUUAUUUACAGUUUUCACGAGAUAAGUAUAUUUGAAGUCAACCGCAGAAGAUGGGAUUGGAGGACCAGGUCAUUGGUGUCAGGUAAAGGAUAUGUCAAGUUAGCUUGUUGGCCCUACUGCAUUGACGCUGGCCGGCAGCGAUUGCCAAAUUACAAUAUGAUCAUAGUGUUUGAUUGAUUUCACAUUUCAGUCCAACUGAAACCCUUGGUCAGCUGGUGGUUACUUAUGUUAAGAAACAAGUAGGCAGUAGAAUGCCCCCAAAGAAUCAAAAAGACCGCUGGCC